CUCAACCACGUUUCUAUGCAAAAACAGAAAAUCUUUGCCAACUUCUAAAGCAAUCUCACUUUUUUUUUUCUUUUUUUUGCAUUUCUCUAUCUCAUUCUUCAAAGACCAAAGCCUCUCUCAUUUUGGUUUGAGAGGGAACCAAUUGUUUUUCCAAUAUCCAAUAUUUGUUUGCUUAAACUCUAAAGCAACUCCAUUUUUUCCUUUUCCUUUCUAUAUUUUCUUUUGUUGUUGCUGUUGUUGAUGUUAUUGUUUUUGCCAAUGAAAACCAUCUUGUUGAAGAUAUAACAACCAAACCAACUUGGAUAGCUCGAAUUCACAAUGGUUCGGGCAUUCUCUAGGCAAGAAAGUGUACAAAAAUCAUCCUCAUUUAAGCUAAAGAAAAUGUUUGAAAGCAACAGUUCAGGGAGACAUGUUCAGAGCUUCACGAUGGAGAGUGGACGUGAAGGACAGGAGGAUUGUAGUGGUAGGCAAGCAAGGAGCCAGGGCUCAAGGAUUGGAGGAGACCGACCGGUGCACCAUAUGAACAUAGGCUCAGCACUCAAAGAUGCUACUUUCAAGGGUCCAAUUUCAUGUUUGGAUAAUAUUAAGGGCAGGACAGCUAGUCAUCUUGAUAUGGAGAAUAUGAAGGAGAGGUUUUCUAAGCUGCUUUUGGGUGAAGAUAUGUCAGGUGGAGGAAAGGGUGUUUCAUCAGCUUUGGCUUUGUCCAAUGCCAUAACCAACUUAGCAGCAUCUGCCUUUGGAGAACAAAGGAAACUAGAGCCUAUGCCUGCAGAAAGGAAAACAAGGUGGAGAAAAGAAAUGGAUUGGCUUUUGUCUGUAACCGAUCAUAUCGUUGAAUUCGUCCCUUCCCAACAGAAAUCUAAGGAUGGAAUCAACAUGGAGAUAAUGGUGACUAGGCAAAGAAAUGAUCUGCACAUGAACAUACCAGCUCUAAGGAAGCUAGAUGCUAUGCUCCUUGGGUAUUUGGAUAACUUUGGCUCUCAAAAUGAAUUCUGGUAUGUAUCCAAAGAUGCUGAUGACUCUGAGAAAGGUAAUUUCCAGAGAAAUGAUGAUAAAUGGUGGUUACCAACUGUAAAAGUUUCACCAGAUGGACUAUCCAAUGUAUGCCGGAAAUGGCUGCUCUUUCAGAAGGAAUCUGUAAACCAAGUACUGAAAGCAGCCAUGGCAAUAAAUGCUCAAGUACUAUCAGAAAUGGAGAUUCCUGAAAACUACAUUGAAGCCCUUCCCAAGAAUGGUAGAUAUUGCCUUGGAGAUUCGAACUAUAAAAGUAUAACAGAUGACUACUUUGAUCCUGAGCAAUUCCUCUCAACAUCAGACUUAUCAACUGAGCACAAAGUUCUUGACCUUAAGAACAGGAUUGAGGCAUCUGUAAUCAUCUGGAAGAGAAAGAUGCACCAUAAAGAUCAUGGAAAGUCUAGUUGGAGUUCAGGUGUGAGCCUUGAAAAAAGAGAAAUAUUUGAAGAGAGAGCAGAAACCAUCUUACUCAUACUCAAGCAAAGGUUUCCUGGAAUCUCACAAUCUACACUUGACAUAAGCAAAAUCCAAUACAAUAAGGAUGUUGGAUACGCUAUCCUCGAGAGCUAUUCGAGGGUAAUAGAAAGUUUAGCUUCAACAGUGAUGUCCAGGAUUGAAGAUGUUCUCUAUGCUGAUUCUGUUGCUCAAAAUCCAUCAUCAGCAAAUUCUAAUGGCAGGCUUUCGAUGUCUUCUUCACCGAUUUCACUAACUCAAAUGUCCCAAACCUCUGAGGAUGAGGCAGAGAAGUUAAGCUCAUCAGAUACACCAACUUCAAUGACACUAUCAGAUUUCAUGGGCUGGAGUUUAUCUCAAGGAGAAGCUGAUGGUGGUAAGAAGAAUGAUUCAAAGGGAAAUAAGGACACCUUAUUGAAACAAGCAAACGAUCAUAAGCUAGUGAACAAACCUGCUAAUAUCAACACAAAGAAGCUGUCUUACUUAGAGAAGCUUGAAAACUUUAGUUUGAGAAGUCCAACGGCUCGCCAUUAAACUACAGUUGAAAAUGAAUGGAACAAAGAAGAUAAUGAAACAGAGAAAGAGAGGAACAUAUAGACGAUAGAAAAUUAUAGAGAGAUAGCUUGGAAGCUUGUCUUUUGUAAAUAUCGAGAUUCCUGUAGGAUAGCUUCCUUCCUACCAAUAAGGGGAACCUUGGCUCUUUGAAGUGUUUACUUUGACACUUGAAAGAGAUGUAUUUUGAAUUGUGUACGAGAAGACAUACAUACAUACAUACAUUAUGUUCCUCAAGUCAGAUACUUAAAGUCUGUUCUUGAUUAAUCUUUGUACUCUUUUAUAAGUUUUUUGCUUAGAAUCGCACUCACUUGAUUUCGAAA